AUGGCGCCCUCGAACGAGGUGCACGUCACAAUCGAUAACCCUGACACCCCGAUCCCGGGCCAGGACAUCACCGCGACAGCAACCCUCAACCUCACGAAGCCACUCUCCGUCUCUGAAUUCACCGUCUCCAUCUACGGCCGCGCAUUCUCGCGCAUCUACCGCCAAUACGUACUCAGCAACUUCCGGUACAAUUGGUGCGGGCAGGGCUUCUUCUUCAAGCGCUUCGUCGUCCUCAUCCAGACCCCCACCACCCUGCCCCCGGGUACACACACAUUCCCCUUUCGACUCCAACUCCCAGCGACAACCGAACAAGUCCGCGGAAACUGGCACAUGUUCAACAAAUGGAAGCCGCGCGACCCUUUCCCAGGCAAGGACACCACCCACCCACUGCCAGCGACAUUAGUAGACAUGGCCGCCAACGAAACCUGGGGCUCGACCGAGGGAAAAGUAGAGUACAUCAUCGAAGCAAAGGUGCAAAAGGGACCCGAGGCAGGCUUCCUCGACUCAAUGCCCAAAGACGCCAGAACCUUCACCGUCGCAUCCCUCCCCCGUCCAGACCUCCCUCAAUCCCUCAACUCAGCCCAGAUCCCCUGGCAGCAAGUCGUCCGCACAAUCCAGACCCCGGCCGGCCCCGCAAAUAUCACCUGCCGCCUCCCGCAAGUCCUCAUCCAAGGUGCAAAGGCCCCCAUAUACCUCAAAUCCGACCGCCCGCUCGUUCUCACAGGUCUGAAGAUAAAGCUGUACCUAGAGUAUCUCGUGCGCGGGCGUAAUCUGAUCUGGCCGGAGAAACGCACGAGUGUGACUCCCAGCGCGCAGCUCGUCAGAGCCGAGAAUGGGAGUCUGCCGCUCUCGGCGGAAUAUGUGCCUGUGCGGGUGCUGGAAAUUUCGCGCGGUCUGCCGUUGGCGUUUGUGACGUUUAAUCUGGCUUGUCUUGCGCACUGGCUGGAGAUUAAGUAUCGGGUUACUGAGCCGGGUGGGAAGGAGGAGACGAAGGCUGUUAUGAAGGAUAUUUCGGUGCAGGUGCAGUCGUGGGUGGAUGGUCGGGCUGGCGAGAAUGGACAGGGGCAGGGGAAGCAGGUUGGUGGCAGCUUUGUAGGGCAGGUGCUUAAUGAGGAGGAGUAUCGCAAGUGGCAGGCUGAGAAGAAGUAG